AUGUCUGAGAAACACUUACAAACCGGUGAUGAAUUGCCAGCGUACGGUGGCAAAAUGCGUUUAUUCGCCAUGAGAUUUUGUCCGUAUGCCGAAAGAAGUGUUUUAGUAUUAAACGCUAAGAAUUUACAGUAUGAUUUGGUAUAUAUCAACUUGGACCAAAAGCCUGAAUGGAUUUUCAAUUUCAGCCCCAAAGGUACCGUGCCUGCUUUAGAAUACGGACAGGGGAAAGCAAUUUUUGACAGCAACAUUAUUAUUGUUUAUUUGGAUGAAAAAUAUCCCGAUGUACCUUUGCAGUCAACAGAUCCACUCCGUAGAGCUGAAGAUAAGAUGCUUGUAGAAAAAUUUGCUGGGGCUCAAUCGGCGUACUAUACUGCUGCAUUUAACGCUCCGGCUCUACGACCCGAUAUGGUAGAAACCUACCACAAAGGCCUUGAAAUGUUACAAAAGGAAAUCGAAAAUCGCGGAACCAAGUACAUACAUGGCAAUGAACCUGGUUUAGUGGACUACACAAUCUGGCCUUUCUUAGAACGUUUCCUAGCUCUGCCAUUAUUAGGCAAAAAUGAAUUUGCAAUUGAGAAGACUAAAUAUGAAGUUUUGACAAACUAUAUAGAAGCAAUGAAAAAUGUACCAGCGGUUAAAUCGUAUUGCCUGGCCCCGGAAACUCAUGCUAAGUAUAUCGAGUCGCGUGCUAAAGGAAAUCCAGAUUAUAACAUGCUGGACACAAGCGCUGUUUGUUGCAUGCGCCCCAGGAAGAAGAAGGAAUAA